CCCGCGUGGGUCCAGGCAUUUGUACAGCUGCAUCGAUCAAGUUCUGCUAGAGAAUAAGAGCAACAUUUCACAGCUAUGGGUGAAGCAAAAUGAUGCCCUGGAGCCUUCUGUUUUUGCUCAUAACAACGGAAGUUUCCUCGGCCGCUGAAAAGUGUUUCAAAGACAAUUUUACAGGUGGGUCAAAUAAUGCACUAGCUGGCAUUAGCAAGCAGCCUAAGUUACAUGUACAUGUAAGCUACGAUGCAAAUGUCUUAGUCGGUGUAGGUCGGGAACUUUACGUUAUUUUUUCGAUUGUUGUGACCUUGUGCUUUGUUUGUGCGUACGUUAAACCCAGUGAACGUUUUAAAUCGAGCUUUAAGGCUAAGGGAAAAUGGCCAUUUUCUGAGCUUUUUAAUAUCCACUGCACAAAAUAAUCACACCUGCAACUUUGUAUUCAUACCUGUCAUAUCUGUAAUUCAAUACCGACAGCAGACAGGCACUGCAUACAUAAGACGUGCUACAUGUUUACUCAAGAUCCAUUAAAGAAUCUAAAUGCAAAUGUGGAUCAACGAAGGAGACGUGAAAUCCACCCUGUAAUGCACUUGCCAUAAAAAUGUAAAAUACAAUGGAAACUGUUCAAUUCAAUACAGGUCAUUUUAGUACAAACUGAAUUCACUUUGCACCCUGAGCUGCCUGAAUUAUUAUUAUUCUUAUAUUACAUUUUUUUUUUGGGGGGGGGGAGGGGGUUAUCGAUACAAUUAACCCUUUCACUGCCAAAUGUGGCCAAAGGCAAAUUUCGACCAAAUUUCCAAAUUUCAUUGUCUAAAAUUUUGACAAACAAAUAGUGUCAUGUGAAAGUACAGGCAGAGAGUUUUCAUUUGAAUGGUCAUAUUGUAAGAUUUUGUCCGCAAACUCAAAAGUUAGAGUUACCUCGCAAAACUCUAUCAAACACUCUGGCAGUGAAAAGGUUAAGUAACCUCCUUUGGUAAAUCUACAUUUUAAAUACAUGUAAAUUUUUUGUUACAUUAUUGAACAAAUGAUUAUUUAACAAUUAUUCCUCUCGCCCUCAUGGCCUCUAAGUCAAUAGGCCAUUUGGCCUUCGGCCUUAUGGGCUAUUGACUCAGAGGCCAUGAGGGUGAGAGGAAUAAUUAUUGUUUUAGUAAAAUCUAACUAGUUAGUCAAAAAUAUCGAGAGUAAAAAAAUUUUAGCUAGUUAAAGCUAGACUUUAAUCUUUUUUGCUGCCAAAAAGCCCGCGCAUAUAGCCUAGUAGUAGCUUAACCAAUCAGAACGUAGCAUUGAUAAUAGACUACUAGUUAGAUUUUACUAAUUAUAUUUGUUACAUUAUUCUCUAUUCUGGUGACAUUUCUUAUAAGACGUUAGUGAGACCACCGCUUGAAUAUUGUAGUGCAAUACGUGUAAUAUAUGGGACCUUUAUGAGAACGGUGACAUUUUGUCUUUUGAGAAACUGAAACGGAAAGCGGCAUGCUUUUUUACAGGUGAAUACAAUAGGGAAUCAGGUGUAACAAACGUGCUUAGUACCAACGGAUGGCAGGUGUUUUUCUGUAAAUUAAAUUGCUAGUGUAUCAUCUUACGUACUUUUUUCUGUGAUAAAGCACCAUUACUAUAGCUAUUUGUAUGCUUCAAAUUAAACUUGAAUGUUACAUUUUUUCUAGGACAUAGUGCAAAGCGUCACUUCAAGCUCUAUAGUGAUUCUAUUACUUUGGUACCCUUAAAACUCAGCUACAGUAGACGUGCCUCUCAACAGAUCUCAACUCAUGUGCUGCGUUUACUGUUAGAGGAAGUCCUUGGAUAUGAAGAUAUUAUACUUGUACCUGAUGACUCAGGACUGUCAGUGAAGAAAGUUGUUCAAAAGCUUACAGGAUGCUCAAGCCACAAGUAUAUAUUUUUACAUCAAAUUUGUAUCUUAGUUACUAGGAAAAAGUUUUUAUUCCAUACAAAGCAGUGACCCACCCCUCUACCUCUUUAAUAAUAUGGUACCCUUUUCUUAAUAUUGAAUCUCAAGAGACCAUUAUCAUUAUAUAAAUAUACAUUAACCCCUACUUUAUUUUUUGAUAGAUCUAUCAAAACGUAUGUUGGUAGUUUUGAUUACAGCUGAAUUAAUUAUUCUUUCUUCUCUUGACUUGUUCAGCUGUCACGUAAGCAGCAUUCCAGAAGUUAUGAUCAAUACGGAAGUGUGGGUGCCAUCUGAUUAUCAAUACUACAACUGGGUAGACAGUCAGUUGGUAGACAAGGCUGGAAUCAUCUCUCCACAUGGAAGGUGAGAUGCAAAACUGGACCAAGGAUAACAUUUAGGAGAAGGUUGUAAGACAAAACCAAAAUCUGUCUCCCUGAGGGUUUCAAAACAAUGUCCUUUCAGAAUACCAGUGGGUACCGUAACGUCUUGAGCCUAGAAGAACCUUUGUUGGUGAAUUGGGUUCAUCAUGCAUGCAGUACCCUACGUACACUAGGAUCAAUAAGUGUUGAGUGCAUGAGGUGUGUGUGUGUGUGUGGGAGGGGGAGGGGGGAGGGAUUAAGGGAAAAGGAGGGGGAUCAGGGAGAAAGGAGACUGCAGUUUCUCCCUUUCCUUUUUCCCUUUUGCAUUUCCCCCCUCCCUCUCCCCAUUUGUGCCUGCCAUGAUGUAGACUGUGAAAGACAAUACGUUAAGCAAAGCAUUUUAAUCAAAUUUGUACCCCUUCACACUUGCAGAUUUGGGUGGUAUAUACCAACAGAACUUGAGGAACAACUCUGGAAUGAUAGCAGAAUCAUAGCAGAUGAUUGGAGGGCAUUAACAUUGCAGACUGUUUUAGGACACUUAUUGCACAAUGCUUCAACGCUUAUUUCUCAAGUGAAUAUGUCAAAUCAUAAAGAAUCUUGUGAAAAUGUUGUUGGCUGUAGAAAUGGCUGGUAUUAUGGUCCCAAGUGCCACGAUGGUGAUAACACACUGCACUGUGCAGUUCUUUUCGCUGAUUUUCCAGGUCUAUCUUUGCUUUACUUUAUGUGCGAAUUGCCCUUUAUGCUACAUUUUUUGCCUCUCUUCCUCUGCUAGAGUUGAAAUUUAUUAUUAAUGUUUUCUGAAAUAUGCUGGUUUUUGAUUGCUGUGUUUUGAUCGUUCUACCGAAGUCCUGUGCUUUGAUUGGUUAUACAUCUUACCCUGUGAGAUCUAACCUAGUGUCUUUAGCUACAAUUAUGGACAAUAUGAUCACUGAGACUUAAAAGAAGUAAUAGUCUUACAAACAGAAUUCCCAGUGUUGGAAUGUGCUAAUCUGGAAAUAAUAAUUAGUUGUAUGUCAAGAGGAAACUCACCCUGCAAGCAGAGGAACUUUAAUCUUUUUAGAUACACUGUGUGAAGGUUCUCUGCCACAGGUUAGAGUGUGGAAACAUGAACUCUGCUAUUAAAGAAUUUAAUAAUUAUGUUUCCAUUCAUAACAACAAUUUUCUAGACUACUUUUGCAAAAAAUAAAAUAUAAUAAUGUAAAUAGUGUAAAAAAAAAAAAAAAACCGGUUCUGUUUUUAGGCCUGCGUCUUCUAAAUAAGUGUACUUCAUGAAUGUAUUUAAACAUACAUUUUGUGAGAGUCAUUCACCCUUGUGGUUUGAAGGACCCAUACUACCUUCAAGCUUGAUGUCACCUGGAGUAUUUUUAUAUUUCCUGCUUGUUUCCUUCUUUUCAGGGCUUUACGUGCACUUGAAGACUUUAUCUGAUGAGGGCAUUUUUGAAUAGUCAAAUUUAGAUAGCAUAUUAAAUAACAUUUUAAAAGGAUAGCAUCUCAGUAAUUUGUUGUGAAAACUUAUUUUGAUCGUAGACCAUUACGGACAUGUGAUCAGCCAACAGAUCAGUAGCCUUGGUUUGAAUAUCUCAGUAGCGUGGUUAGGCUCCAAAUUAAGUCAUGUUCUCAAUGGAAUUGAAGCAACACCAUACUUGCUAUUAAACUGGCAGCCAAAUACUGCACCCAGAACAAAGAUGACAAGAAUACAUUUUCCCCCUUGCAGGUAGGAAGGGAAAUUUUAAAGAUACUUCUUAGCAAGGCUAUCAAAAUUGUAAAAGAAAAAAUGAAAACAAACAUUUUCCACUAGAUAUUCAUCUUCAGGACCUUUCAGCCUAAUCUUAACUUAUUGUUUAAUAGUAAACUUAAACAUUACACCGUUGGUCUUGCUUUUUUAUCUCCUGAAUUCAUAUAUUUAUUAUAUUCCUGUCAGUGCUGGUGUAUCCUUGACCAAGGCUUUGGAGUCUCCGCAGGAUAAUUAUUACAACUGCGAUUUUCCACCAAGUCACCUUAUGAAAAUGGCCUGGAGAAAAAUCCAAGAAAAUGCACCAGAUGUUUACUUCUUGUUGUCAAAACUGUAUUUUGAUAAAGAAACACUUAACAAUCUACUUCAGAAGCACAUUGAAGGUGGUGGUAAUUUAACAAGCCAAGAAAUUGCUUGCAAUUGGUUACAGCAGUCCAGAGAUAUGUGGUUGCCGUGGUUACCCACUGGUAGCCUAAGUAAAGUCCCAGUUUAUCUGGGAGGGAUGUUCCCCUUGUCAGAGAGUGAGGAUGUUGUCUGGAGUAGACCUGGAAUCUUGCAAGGUAUGGUAUUUUUUUUCCACAGACUACAGUAAGACUGCAGUUUUCCAUUCUCUUUACUCCUAAUGCAUUUAAGAAUUAACCCUUUAAGUGCCAAUAGUGACCAACAACAAUUUUCUCCUAACAAUAUCCAUACACUGUCAAGAGAUAAAGUUAUGAGAGUUAAUAAAAUGAUCACCAUAGAGAAAAUGCUUUGAUCUUUUAUCAAAUUCUCUCAACUAAUUGUUAAAGGAGAUGUAUGGACAUCAGUUUAGAGAAUUUGUAUGUGGAUAUUGGGGCUUAAAGGGUUAACAACCGAGACAGCCAUAUCAGUGCAAGUAGUCUGUGGUCUGUUGGUAUGUGCAUGCCCAUCGCAUGAUUCAGUGGUGUGUUCAGUUUCCUUUGUGCAGCGUUUAAAAAUUAAUUCCUGCCAUGAAGUUUCUUUCAACCAGUUUCUUCCAUCCUGUUGUUCUUUCCCCAUGGAUGUUUUUUGUUUUUCAGUAGGAACGUUGCCUGCUUUUUUUUUUUCUAAUAAAAUCCUAUGAAGCAUUUAAAUGGUGUCACAGUAUAGGUGUAGGAUUUUGUCCAAAUUUUUGUGACAAAUUAUCCCACCAUGUUGGCUAUGAGUGAAAUGGUUUUGUCCAAGAUGUGUAGUGCUUGCCCAUUAACAUGGUUUUAUUUUUGUUGAAAAACAGGUGCUCUGAUGGCUUUAGAGAGAAUCAACCAGGAUGACAGGAUCCUUACAAAUUACAGUUUGGAACUUCUCAUAGAAGACACCCAGUGCAAAACUUCUCUUGUUCUUAAUGCAUUCAUUGAUUUUAUGUCCCGAUCACACAACAAGUCAAUAGCAGGUAUCAUCGGACCUGCUUGUUCUGUUCAAACUGAGAUAAUCGCUGAAACUGCACCUCUGUACAACACCAUUGUCAUGGGCUAUAGUGUCGAAGGUGUGGCUUUAGCAGAUCGUGAAAAAUUCCCCAUGUUUUUCAGAACAUCUCCAAGUUAUGCUGAAUUUAAGUAUGCCUAUGCAACUGUAUUUGAAUACUUUGAAUGGAAGCAAUAUGCUUCACUGACCGAUACAAACUAUGUUUCUUCAACUGCUACUGCAACUCAUCAGUAUUUAGAAAGCAUGGGGAUAAGCUUGGUAUAUUCGAGACAGAUUACAAAUCAGGACACUGUGGAUAUUAAGACAUACCUAAGGUCACUGCAAGAGAGCUCUGCAAAGAUUAUUAUUGCAACUCUUUUCGAAGGACUUGCUAGAGCUGUGGUGUGUGAAGCUUAUAAACAGGUAAUUAACUGCACAACGGUACUUUGAAAUUUGCCUGAUAGAUUGUCACAUAAGGCCCAGUUCAUACAUUGUGCUUGUGCUGUGCUAAGCUCUUUUCUAAUUGGGUUCAACAGAUGCAUGUUAGAAGCACGUAGUAUCAAAUCAGCAGUGAAGAAGAAAAAAUUAUGUACACAUAUCCGACAACACAUUUCCAAAAUUUAUGAAUUUAGUUUGACACAAAUCAUUGCCGCGCCAGAGUGAUGUAGUACGGCAGACCUUGUUGAUCUUAAGUGCUUUGCUGAACUAAAUUCAAAACUUUAAUUCUGACCUCCUGCUUCUGCCCUACCUUAUUAGAUAAAUAGCUUGAUGAAUGAACUGGGCCUAAUUUGUUCUGUUAUCUUUUCACUGUCUUUUUUGGUAUUAAAACUGUGCAAUGGGUUUGGUUGAUUUUUUAUGAAGUGACCAAGUUAUAUUUUAUACUUGGUAUAAUUCUUAGUUUCAAAUAUCGUGCAGGCAUUGAUCCUCCGUGUGGUCAAAUGUCACUAACUUUUCAAGGUGUGGGUUGAGCGUCAGCAUUGGCAUCACCUCCUUUUUCCUCAAACAAGAAUUAUUCCUUUUUUUUUAUCUCUCUCCAGCAAGGUGUAGAAAUGGCUACUGGCACAGAACUUGCUUGUGUAACCCCAUGAUGGACUAGUAUCAUAUCCAUAGGAAAUUAGCUAUACUUUUGACCACAGCAGGAUUAGCUCAGUCAGUAGAGUGUUUGACUGCAGAGUAGGAGGUCACAGGUUCAAUUCCUGGUGUCAGACCAAUAAUCAGGGUCCUUAAAUAGGUACUUCCUUUGCCCUGCAAAUGGCUAGACCCUUGCAUGGCUCAGAUGUCCAUGAAUAAUGGUAGUCCCAUCUCCAGAGGGAGACGUAAAAUAGUGUCCUCAUUUUAUUAGUACUUCUGUUUGAAAUACAUUGACACUCAAAAAAGGGCAUUUUUCUGUUUCAUGCUGCUGGAACUGAAAAACCACUCUGGUCAUGUGUCACUGAAUGUAUGCCUCAUGUGCCCCCUCAAACCUUACCUCAACAGUGUACUGUACCCAAAUAUAAUAAAUUGUUAUACAUCUUUUUACAGGGACUCACUCCACAGAAUGGCUAUGUGUGGUUUUUGCCAUCUUGGCUGGCAGAUAGUUGGUGGCAUGUUGAUGAUUACAAGAUCCAUGGUCACUCAACUGAAGGGAUGCUUGAUGUACCCUGCUCUACUAGAGACAUGCAAGAUUUUCUUGACGGAGGUUAUUUUUCACUCUCUAAUGCUUUUUUUGGCAAUGAUUUGGAUACUAUUGUGGGUGGAGGCACUGUGCAUCAGUGGAAACAGGAAUAUGAAGUGAGAGUCAAGAAAGAGGUGAUUCUAUCCACUUUUGUGUUUUGAUUAUCACUUCUGAACUGCUGCAACAUUACCUAUGGAUUUAUGUCUUGCAGCCUGUGUUCAUGCCUGUACCAUAAAUCACUUUUUCGAUUUUGCUAGACAGUCUUUUUCUUCAACACUUGUUAAACUCCUUAAGUUUGAAGUUAUAAAAUAGUGAAUGGUCAGCUGUUGUGUACAUAUGGUAAAGGCCUGGGAGGUACUCUACAAAUGUUUAUACGGGGAGGUCCCACCCCUAGGUCCAACCCCUAACCCUUUUAUAUACCAUUUUUCAUGAAAAAGGUACCCCUUUCGUAUACCUUCUAUUGACCAAUGGUACUCCUUUCACAUACCUUGUUUAGAACUCUACAUUCCUUUUAACUACUGUAAGUGAACUGUCUUUUAAAUAGGAAUCAAUCACAAAAACAGAAUGUUUUCUAGACUUUUUAAAGCCGUAAAAUUCAUCUGUUAGCCCUUUUGGGCACUUUGACAGACCCAAAUGACAGAUUUCCCUUCCCUUUUAUAUACUUCAACUAGCUAGUGAAAUCCCUACCCUUUCAUAUACCUGAAGCCUGAAAAAGGUACCCCCUUCCUCCUUUCGGGCGGAGCCUGCCUGUAUAGCCAUCAUAGGGAGUACCCCCUCCUGGAGGGGGGGGGGGGUAAGGUGCUUGUUUAGGGUGGGGUAUCUGUUCAAGUUAAAACUUGUUUGUUAAUAGUGUGUUUGACUUAUGAAAGUGGAUUGAUUUUUGUACCAUGAGAUAUGUCACAUUUAAAGUUGUGUUUUCACCAGUUGUCUCAGAUGUUUGGUUAUGGUUUGUCACCUCUUUAGCUGCUAACCAAAGAAAUGAUGUCAUUAAUAAUCUUUUAGAACCACACUCCAUCAGAAUAUGCCAGUUUUGUGUAUGAUGGUGUUUGGGCAUAUGCAGUUGCCCUGGAUAAACUCUUCAGGACAUAUCCUUUGGGACUGGAUACAAUAAGAACUAAUUACACAGCUCAGUAAGUGCCACAUGGUAAAUUCUCUCUUUUUUCUUUCAGCUAUGUCAAUCAUUAAUGUUUUGUCACCUUAAAUUAAACUAGUUUUCCUCACAGCUGUUUUUAUUGUCAUCAGGCAGCUUUUUCCACUGCAUGAUGGCACUAAAAAUGCAGGCCUAAAUGAGCUUUUUGGCUAUACAUGUAUUCACUGUGUGUUAGUUUUUUUUUCUCAUGCAUGAAAUGAAAUUUUCUUAAGUUUUAGUACAAGUUAACAUGGCAGUUAAAAUGUUUAUGUACUGUCGAACCUGUAUUAAGCGGUCACCCUCGGGGAAUGGCUAAGUGACCACUUAAUACAGGGUGACGGUCUAAUGCAGGUUGCAAGAAAUACAGUUGAAAGAACUAGAUCUCCAGUGCUGAUCAGAACAGACACUUGACCUCAAAAAGAAACAUUCAUUUUCAGCAUUUUAAUAGUUUGCGAAAAUAAACAAGGAAAUCCAUAUUGUUGUACCUCAUGUGUUACAUUAUUUGAAACUGUAUGAACACCAUGUGACUGUUUAAUACAGGUUAAGACAAUAGAAAAAGUCUUGUUGGGACUUCGCAAAUGGUGACCGCGACCACUUAAUAGUGGUCAAAAUUACAGUACAUCAGGAGAAGUAAUUUUUGGGACUUUGAAAACUGACCGCUUAAUAGAGGGUGACUGCUUAAUAUGGUGUCGCUUAAUACAGGUUCGACUGUAUGUUCAAUCUAUUAGGAUAACUGUUUGUUACUUUAUAGGCUCCUGAAAAACUUCCUCCAAGAGACCAACUUCACUGGCGUGUCUGGUCGUGUUCAGUUUAGAGAUGGAGAGAGAUACCUACCUACUAUUGAGAUAAGACAGCACUUCCCUAGCAGGGUGGUGAGAGUAGGCUGUGUGCACCCUAAUCUAGAUGGUGUGUGUGAUAAAAGCAGGAACUGUUUAACAGUGAAUGAGACUAUCAUCCACUGGCCAGCAGGAGGCAGGCCUUCUGAUGGUAGAUCAGGUAAAUUCUGUUACUCUGUUGCAUUUGUCUGCUUAAAGUUGGCUUAACCAGGUGCUUUGUCAUGUGUAGUUUUUGCUAUACCCGUAAACUUGCUGAUCAUAAAUCCAAAACACCUAGAUUUGGAGUUUAUCUAGUGAAUCCACUUGGCGUGGGUAUUCUUUAUAUUCUUUAUAAUCUGUUUGCUGAUUUAGUCAAGUACAUUUUUUUAUUCCAACCCAACAAACUCUUGGAGCAUAAAGGCCAAGGGAUACUUGUACAGGGUGCCCAAGUAGCCAUGUCUGCACAGGAAGUCCAAAUUAAUGGAUGUAACUUGAACUAGUCAUGGUCUUGGUUUUUGAACCUCUGUAAAGUAUUUACAAAAUUAAUGUUUAUUUGCUUUCAACCGUAGUUUUCUGUUGAAUAUGACUGCUUUGCAAUUUAAUACCUUUGUACAGGGCACCCAAAGUAGCCAUGUCUGCACAGGAAGUCCAAACUAAUGGAUGUAACUUGAGCUAGUCAUGGUCUUGGUUUUUGAAUCCCUGUAAAGUAUUUACAAAUUUUUAUUUGCUUUCAACAGUAGUUUUCUGAUGAAUAUGACUGCUUUGCAAUUUAAUAUCUUUGUUCUUUGGCAGAGCCUUCUACCCAUGAAUUGUGUUCUGUAGAGUCAUUCAGAGCUGCUCUUGGUAUUUCAUGCACUGGAGCAAUAGCUGCCAUCAAUGCAAUAGGUAAUAACUCUCACCCUUUUGCCUGGGACAGGUGUGUUCUUAAACAUUAGUUGCUUUCCAUAUCACUUAAAGUGCAAUGCAGGGGAGGCAGAGCUGUCAUUAAGGGUCAUAACCCGUAACACUUGUUAUGACUGUGAGCUCGCAUGAUGUUAUGGGUGAUCAAAGUGGAAAGCUUAUAGAUGACACUGUAAAUUUUUGUGAGAUGUUACGGGUGAAUCUUCAUUUGCUACAGCUGUUUCAAAACUUAAUGGCAGCCCUGGGCAGGCAUUUAAAAGGAAGACGAGAGCAAGAAGGGGAUGGGUGGGCAAGAUUAGGGUGGGCACACCUUGCCUCACUUCACCUCCGUAGCAUGCUCUUCACUUUCUUGUCUCCCAAAUUCUUUCUUUCCACCAGGAUUUCACUGAAAGCAUUGAGAAUUUGUUAUGUAUCCUUAAACAGAUGUGCAUGAGUGUAAACUGGAGGAUACCCUUAUGAGCAGCGGUUUCUCCAGGCUAGACACAAGGGCACCCAACGACAAUUUUCGGAAAAAUAUCUGUUCGGAAGACGAUUUGAGAUCUAGAAUUUUCGGAACAUUUGUUGUAAAAUUUCUUGCUUGCCUGCCUCUCCUAGGAUUUUCGGACAUCUAAAAAAUGGUAUAAUUGCCUAUUUUUAACGGAUUUUACCCUAAAAAGGUCACCUAGAAUUUUCGGGAGCCUUUUUUCUGGCUAAAAUUUCCGAAAAGGUAAGUUUUGAUCCCUAUAAUUUUCGGAUCACUUGACUUUCAGCUAGGAAAUCCGAACAGACGAAAAAUUUUUAGGGGAUAAAAAUAUGCCUAUAUCUACCGUUUAAAUACUAAAAUACGUUUAACAAUUCUAUGUUUAAGUGGUUUUGAACUAUAUUCUCGUUGGGUGCCCCUGUAGACACUACACUACAAAGGGAGAAACCACCGCUCGCAGGCUAACUAGCGGAUAAAAUUAAUGCGGGUUGAUUCAUAGCUAAAUAAAAGAACAGCUCUUACUUCUUUUUUUGUAUUUUACGUGUUAUAAAAAAAUGUUUAGAUUUUAUUUGUUUUCAUUCUCACAGUUAUUGGGUUCUUUCUAAUUGUCAUCAUAACUCUUAUUUGGAUCUGCAUAAAGAGAAGGUAGAGGAAGCUUGUAUGUCUCUUUUUAUGUCAUGAAUAGAACGAAAAACAUAUGUAAACUUCAAAACGGUGGGUUCCUCCUGAAUCUGGUGAAUAUGCUCAAAUGACUGCUGUCUUUACCAUCCUGUUUGGUGUGUUUCUGUUUCAUUCACCCAUCUUUCUGCAGUGGUUUCCACUCCAUAGAUUGAAGAGUCUUUGUAUCGCUUACUCAACCCUUUGGCUCAAUUGCAUGGUGGACAAAAAUCAAAAUUCAGGAAAAAUACAAACGUAAACUACUGAAGACCGAAAUUAAUAGUACUAUGUGAAAGCAUUACCAAACAGAGUUCAUUUGAAUGGUCACACCACGGAACUUGGUCCACACACUCAACAGUUGGAAAGACUGUACAAAACAAUUAGAACAAUGUGAAAGUUCUGCCGAAGAGUGUUCAUUUGAAUGGUGCCGCAAUGGCAUCUCACCCACAAACUUCAGCAGUGAAAACUAUUAGCCAUUCCGCCCUGUUCCGCGUUGUUCUCAUUGUCAUUUCAUCGUGGCUCACAUAAGAUCACCAACUUUCUGUUUCCUAGAUAUGAUAGUAAGUAUAGGGAAACCCAACAGCGUAUGGAGGAGUUAGGCUUGAUGGAACACUCGCCAGUUUUACGCUUGGACGAGUGGGAGAUCCCCCGCGAGAGCAUCGUCCUCAAUCGCAAACUUGGUGAAGGAGCUUUUGGUGCGGUGUGCGGCGGUGAAGUGAUAGGGAUCGGAGGCGACGGAGAAUGGGUACCAGUGGCUGUUAAGUCUCUGAAAAUUGGUUCUUUACCUGAAGACAAGGUAUGUAGUCUUCUGUUCUCCGCGGUCAAACGAGACACAUUUGCAAAAGCUAAAUUACCGUAAAUGAUCUAAUAAACGCCCGGGGCGUCUAUGUAAGUAUAGGGGUCCAGGCUGGGGCGUUAAAGAGAUAGAAGGCGUUUAAAGGCUGAAGAGACGGAAAGUGACUUCCUUAUGCUCCGUCGCCUGUAUUUGAUUACUUGUGGUAUUUAUUUCAAUGGUGUCCGUUCUUUUUUGUAGCUUGAAUUUUUAAGUGAGGCGGAAACUAUGAAGGUGUUUGAUCACAAAAAUAUUGUAAAGCUGUUGGGUGUUUGCACCAAGGGAGAGCCUGCCUACGCUGUCAUGGAACUAAUGAUACACGGUAUGAAACAGGACAACUGCACGCGUAGCGUAAUGAUUCUCAAAAUUUUCAUUUGAAUACGUCAUUCCAUUAGCCUCCCCGCAGACGUCCUUUGAGGUUCGUUCGUCACGCAUUCGUUUCUCCCCCACGUGGGGGAACGAACGAACCCCAAAGGGCGUCUGCGGGGAGGCUAUUAUUCCAUUCGCCAACUUGUAUAAAUAAUUUUAACCCCUUUUUUUCUCUUUUUUAUCUUUGUUAUCCUAAUGAGUUUACCGUGUUAAACUAAAUAUUUAUUAGAGCUAGCCUGGGAAAAGAGCCAACAUUUGGCGACACCAUCACUGGUUUCCCCACAAAAUGACGUCUGGGUAGUGCUUCUGAUUGGCCGUGCCGCGAGGGAAAUUUGCUUCAACCGAACAAAAGCACCACCUAGAUCUGGAUAGUGAUGCGUCAUCAGUAUAGAAUUUCUCCGCUCAUUUCUCAGACGUCAUUUCGCGGAGAAAAGCAAGUGGUGGCGUCGCUAAAUGUCAGCUGUUUUCUCAGUCUAUAUUAAAAUAAUAUUAGAGCUAGAAUAAACUGGUAAAGGGCGAUAAAGGCAGAAUAUAAGACACGAGUUUAAUUCAUUUUCCAUUGUUAUUUAUUUCCACUAAUUUCUUGCAUUGCAGGUGAUUUGAAAAACUUCCUUUUAGGAAGGCGUCAAUUCGCAAACCAAAACUCUAAAGAGGUACCUAUGUAUAAUCUUAGUGUUGAAAAACGUCAAAACUUACCCGACCGUCUAGGUGUUUUAAGCUGUAUUUUGACAUUCUUAAAAUGGUACUUUUGUGUGCUCUUGCCAUGUUUUUGAACGCUGCGAGCAGGUGGUUUUUACGCGACUGACAAGCCACGCAAACGACUUUGUAAGUGUUAAAAGCCAUGCAAGAAAGAAACCCCUGCUCGCAGGAUAUGUUUUUGAGGUAGUAGUUCGCCAUUUUUGUCUUUGUAUAGCGUGUAAUGUCUACAGCCAUCUUCCCGAGCUCUGCACUGCCCAAAAAGUGCUGUCUUUUCAUGACGUCAGUCGUUUAUUACUUUUCUAUUAGAGACCAUUAGAUUGUAAGACGAGUACGACAACUAGUACGAGAUUUCUCAGUGGUAAGUAGUGCUCGCGCGUGAACCAGCUCAUUUUGGCGAGAGAACAUGUCGUAGUGGCGGAAGUAAGUUAUCAGAUGCGAUCGGGAGAGGGCUUAACCUCCUCCAAUAAAGAUAACUAACUUUUUUGGUGAAAAAAAAGUACAAUGAAGCAUUCCAGAGUGUCUAUUUUUUUACACUACGCGAAAAAAAAACUUGGAAUCAAAUCUCGUUCUCGUCCUCGGAUCUAAAAGUCUCUAUUAUUCGAUGGCUGACGUCAAUGUUUGGUCCUGUUUAGUCUCACCCAUAGCCUUGUGCACUUUAUGGACGGUGUAAAUAAGGUUACCAGUGAGUAACAUCUGGGUGUGUCCCUUCAAUGGACAACAUCACUUUUAGGGUUGGGAUGGGUGUGUAGGAACACUCCGAGAUGUAUUAAUGCUAACAAAACCUGGUUACUAGCUUCUCCCCCUGGUCUUACUAAGGCUCCUAUCCAACGUAAGCUUGUUAUCUUUCAGGCGGAUGAUGUUACUCCUACCAAGCUAACUAUGAUGGCGACAGAUAUCACAAACGGUCUUGCCUACCUCGCUGAAAUGAAGUUUAUUCAUCGGUAUGUAUAGAUCUUAUUUAUUCAUUGUUUCUUUUAUAUUUUUCCUAAUUAUAAUAAGCCCCGCUGGCCUCUUAAGGAUGUGCGAAAUUCAAAAUAUUUUUUUUUAGUUUAAUAUGAGACCAAUUAAGUUAAAGUUCAUUUCUCAUUUCUAAUCCUUUUCGUCAAAUUGAGGCAUGGUGCAUAUUACCAUGGGUGCCACAGGGUUUUUGCCCUGCCUAAUAGCCUUUGUACGAUAUAUUAGAAUUCUAACAUGACUCCGAGGCUUUACGGACAAAACUGCUAUUUUUUCAUGACUCCAUUGUCUCGCAAUUCCCGGAAGAGACUUGAGCACAAAGAAAACCAAACCAAAUAAAGAAAAAUGACCAGAAAGCCUCAGAGUCAUGUUACAAUUUUAAUAUAUCGAACGUAGGCUAUUCUUGACGGUUCGCGGCAAGGCCGCGACUGCGAGGCGAGCACAGUUCAGUUACUUCGUCCAAAGUAUUUUGCGAACUAGUAAGUGCAUAACCAUUCAUAUGAAAAUGAGUUUAACUUGCAUGUGAAUAAAAACUUAUUUUCAUUGAAAGGUUGGUUUGAAAAAGAGGCUUUUGGUGAACCAGAAAUGGUCUAUUACCAUUACUAUAAAAUAAUACUAAAUCUUGUGCCCUGUAUGAAUAGGAUGUAUUGAAACGACCCUACAGUACAGUACAGUUAAAAUCGUCCAAGACGGUAAACCUGUUACCAUGGAGUUGCACUGGCAAAAACAUGGUCGACCAGUGCAGCGAAACAACUCUUAUUCUGUGUAGAUCUCUUUGCCUGUUCAAUGGAGACAUUUAAUAAUGACAUUUAAUUCCUCUGUUUUUCCAAGGAUAUUAUUCAUCACUUAACCUAAAAGUAAUUUUUAUCUUUUGUGUUUUAUUAGCGACCUUGCUUUAAGGAAUUGUAUGGUGGGUUCAGGAUAUGUGGUUAAACUUGGAGACUUUGGAAUGGCACGAGCCAUGUAUGACUCAGAUUACUACAGAUUCGGACGGAAAGGUAAAGUGAACAUUUUACCUUGUUCUUAUUUUAUGAGAUACCUAUCCGAUCCUUUCUUGAGUUCUUUUCACAGGUUCGUUAGGUGCUACUUGCUGGACUAUGGGGCUGGGUGGAGGCUAGCUGGCGGCGGGGGAGGAAGGAAGUUGUGGGGCUACUGGACCGUUGGGGCUGACAGGGGCUGAAAGGGACUUGUGGCACUGGCGGGGCUGAACAGGUCGAUGGGGUUGACAAUUAUCAAGAUCGCUCGAAAAAUUGCUCAAACUACUCUAUUGCUUUGCGUGUCGUGAGAAAUUGCUCAGUCUUUUUGUGCUGAAGUCAUGACUUUGUGGUUUUAAACUUUCACAAAAUGCUCCUUUGAAGAUAUGAUGUAGAGAUCAAACAUAUUUCAUCAGGGAGUGCUAACCAUAAUUAUGAAAUGCAGGCAUAGCAAUAAAACUUAAAAAAAGUUAGCCCCACUUUUUCAAGUUCCAAUCCGUGUUCAUCCUUGCCAUCCGUUGCAAGAGACUACAGAAAACAGUUUCAGUGCCUACUUAAGUCUUAAAUAACAAAACUGGACCAUUAUUUUUGGAAUUCAAUUGAUGCGAAGACACUAUUCAGCUUUUUAAAAAGAUAGUAAAUAGCGUGACAUUAUAGCUCCUUUAACUUACAGCCAUGCUUCCCGUUCGCUGGAUGGCACCCGAGUCCCUCGCGGAUGGUGUGUUCACGACAAAAUCUGACGUGUGGAGCCUGGGCGUUACAUUGUGGGAGUUGGCGACAUUUGGUAGCUUUCCUUACCAGGGCCUUUCCAACGGAGAGGUAGUGGAAAGUGUGAGACUGGGGCGAAGCAUAGAUAAACCUCGAGGAUGCACCAAUGAACUGUAAGUUUCAUGCCUUCACUAUUUUUUGGAUAGAUAAAUUUGCCAAUGAUGCCAAAAGUAAAAUCACAUUAUUUACUAGGUUGGUCUUUAUUUUCAUCUAAAUGUUUCAUAGAGUAUGAUCAUACACUCACAUAAAGAAACAGUGAGAGAUCAACUCAGCACGUAUGAAACUAAUCACUCUAAUAACUGUAUUUCAAAUCACGGUAAUAGAGAUGAGAUGGUGAAUUUUAAGCCUGGUGAAUACAUGAGAAAGAUGAUUUUUCAGUCCGUGCCACAGGCGGCUCGGAAGAAAAAAUCCAAGUACACCCCGUAAGAGUCGAACUUAUGACCUUCUAGUUACUAGUCAAGAUGUAUCAGACUGAAUAACAUCUUUCUCGUGUGUUUUAAAAUUUGGAAUUUCUUGAAAUGCCCUUACUCGUAGUGAGCAGCAUUUUGAGAAUUUUAUUCCUUUCAUGAUCUUUGACAUUCUCUGCUUUAAUUUUAGAAACACAUUACUGACAGAGUGCUGGAGAAAAGACCCGGAUCAUCGACCCGAACCGGUUAAAAUCCUGGAGUUACUCAGCGCUCAUCCAGUGAUGGUGACCGCUUGUUUGGACUCGCCGAUGUCCAGCGUAGUCCGGGAUGAGGAGGACUGUGUACGACCCGAUAACAUUAGAAAGGGAAGUGUAAGGACGUGGCGGGGUACCCCCUCCCCCUCCCCCACCGCAAAGCGCUCUCGUACCAUUACCCAGCUUACUCAGAAUCAGAUAAAAGUUUUGAUGCCUCAUUCAGAAAACGGCGGUGCUGUCGCUGGUGCUGUUUAA